GCGGAAUCCGGCAAGCCAUGAGGGCUUGGGGGUAAAAUGACAAUAGAGUUUACCUUAAGGAAUGCCUUGUCGAAGAUUGAUUCCGAGAAAGCAAAGGACCGAGACUCCGGCCUUGCGACCCUAAAAACUCUGCUAUCAGAUGAUCGUAACGUGUUGGACGUCGAUGAAGGCACCUGGAAGACAAUUUUUGAAAGUUUCUGUAGAUGCGUAGAGAAGCAGAAGGCGCUCUUCUUAACGAAAUCCUCGGGCACAUCCAAGGCCAGCAGUCAAAACGCCGCUGCGAGGGCCCAAAAAGCAUUGAGCGAGCUUGGUCAAGAUUUUCGCUGGCUUUGUGAGCGUGCCCAUAGAUCUCUGAAAUGCGCUUUGGUUAGACCAAUUCUGGAGCAUAUUCUUGCAGUGCUACCAUACCGUCAUGGCCUCUUUAAACCUCUCGCAGUGUCAUACACUAGAGCUCUCCGGCAGAUGCUCUCGUGCCGCUCGUACAGGGAUCAUAUUCCGUUGAAUGGCUGGGACGCUCUUACGAAUCUUUGCAUGAACGGACUGAAUGCUGAGGAUGAGGACGGCGAUAGUUCAUCUGGAUUCGAAUCCGUUGAGACACCUUCACCUACGUCCUUGCCUAACUUUCGUAGCUCGAGGCGGUCAACAUCGGCCGAUAGUAUCGAGCUUGCCCGAAUAAUGGCUCUGCUGGUAAUCGGAUGUCCAAAAGAUUUGGGCUCCUGUGCCGACUCCUUUUUGGAGUUUUUUGGUUGCUACUUUGCGCGCCAUUUACACGAGACACCUUGCCAUACUCCCCUGCUGACAGCAACGAACCACUUGCUUUUCGAAACAGCUCACCAGAAUAUGCAAGCGGUAGAGGACUUUCUGUCAACAGCCAUACCACAUCUGUUACCCCUAUGGGAAAGUCGCUCAAACCACACAUUCCGUUAUCAAUUAUUGUGUAUUAUGCGGUUCUAUCUCCAUGUCGCGUCUACCACGAAUCCGGCUCCGGACUGGCAGACUAACUGCUCGCAAAUUUAUGAAUGCGUUCAGCGCGAAAUGAGCAGCAAGUUCGGCUUUGGUCCACUCUCGAGUAUAGCUCUCUUUGUUUGGGCAAUCAGAAAACGGCAGCCAGAUUUUUUGGUCCCUAUCACGAAAGAAGACUUGCUCGUAUAUAAUCACAUUUCACCCAAAGAUAUGAUGACUUUUGCUUUUCUGGACCUGUGCUCGGACGUCUUCUUCCAUGUACUUGCACUGGAGGCGAAACCUGAGAAGGACCAAACCCACGGUCAUGAUAUCACGCCGGCUCAGGAUGAUGUCUCCGACACGUUGAGCAAACGGAAGAAAACAAAGAGAAGCGAUGUCGUAGCUGAUAUCACACGCAUACUGGCGCUGAAGGCUGCGAGUAAGGAUGAGAAGAUUGCCCUAUUGCAAGCUGUGACACUGCUGCUCGUCAAACAUGGGUCCCACGUAUCAGAAAAACUGUCCAAUGUGACUGCCAGCUUGAGCAGCAUUGCUGCCGGUGCCGACAUUGAUUUGCAAGGAUGGGCAUUGAUAUGCCUUGGGAUAUAUGGAAUGUCCGCUGACUCGAGAACAUUUCCAUUCACGGGUUGGGAAAUAGCGUGGAAUACCUCUGUGCGACUCAUGGUCACGGAUACACCCGCAGCCGAGGCUGCAUUUUACGCAAUGGAAGUUAUCACUGAAAAACAAUUGAUAUCGGAAGAGAUCAUCGUCGGAGCGAAGGCGGAGAUCUUGAGGGCUAUGCGCGAUGGUGUCCUGGUACCAUCACCUGGCUCUCUUCAUUUCCUGCUGCGGUACAUCGAGUGGACUACAGCAGCUGGAGAUGCUGCUUCCGGCGAUCAGGCAUUUCCCAUACAGGAAGUGGCGUCAUGGGUUUUGGCACCUUCAAAUGCUUCAUCAAACACGAAUAAUCUAUCAAGGAACCAGUUGAUUACACCCCGAAUAUUGGCUUCGUUACUGCUAUCCUUAUGUGGGGUGCCAUCAACGGGCUAUGAGCGAACAUUCGAUGCUGUCGACGCCGUACCAGUACGUAUUUGCGGAGGAGAAGAGCACUUGUCAGAGUGGCGAUUGUCAUUGGUGAAGAUACUAUGGAAAGACAUUGUUAAUGAGGACUUUGAGCAUUUGUCCAAAUUGAAAUCGCAGGUGCGAGUGCCACUGCCAAAGGAUAGGACAGGGUUGGCGCACCAGGGCAUCUGCGUCUUGAAGGGAUUGGAGGAGCAUUUGCAGAAUCUACUCAGUUGUUGGGACAGGAUUGAAAUAUCAAAAGUCAAGCCAAGUGCUGAGCAAAGCGAUACACUGGGGCGAAUCGUUAGACAAUCAUUGGAUGCCUUGUCCACUACUAUUUUCGUUUCGCGUCGAAUGUCGUACACCGGCGACACGGCGAGACGUCAUGUUAACGAGUCAAACCUCGCAUUGCUGUUGUCAGCCAUAGCUGCUAGGCUAAAUGAAGGUCUCCGCCAGCUUAAUGGGUGCGAUAGCUUUGUAGGCAUUCUUGAACGGCUAGUGCAGAUACUGACUGAGUGCCAUGACUGCAUGGAGGGAGACUGUGUUGCUCCCACGUCUGUAUCUACACGGCCGGCAGAAACGCAUUGGUAUCCUCUUUGGCCAAUGCCAGUUGAUACUGGUAUUGCCCUCAUGGCUGUCAUGCAAGCGAUGUUUCAUGCUGACGUCAAACGAAGAGGUGUUGCAAACAAUCAAACCACAAAAUCAUCUACAGCGGCGUUCGAUGAAUUUGAUAGCCCAGACACAACUGUCGGUGGAGGGAGCGGCGCUGUAAUCACCUCGUUACAGAUGGAGUACUUUUAUGGGACAUCAUCGACACCUGUUGGGACGGUUAUAGAAAGAGACUCACUCAUGUUGCGGGCCAUGCGACUUCUGUAUAGUAUGAAUUGGGGCCAAGCAGCAUCUGCAGAAUUGGGUUCAUUGCGGAAUAUGAUUGAAAAUACAGUGGCGACCGCAAUCCCGACAGACACGGUUGACUUGUUUCAUUUAGGUUUCGAGAUCGUCGAUUUUCUGGAGUGCGCAUCUGCCAUCCAUCUGACGACAGAUCAAUGUCGAAUUGUUAUCGAGAGGAGUGCUGACCUUUUAUCAACUUAUGAUAGCGAGAGGAACCAGUGGGUCUGGAUCUAUAUCAUACGAAGUUUAAAGUCCCUACUGCCCGCGUUGGUAAAAGCCACGGAGGAGGCGGACCUUACCGAUCAAGUUGGUAGUUUCCUUGCGUAUUUUAUGAAGAAGGUAUCUGGCAACACAGUUUGCUGGCGCGUGUGUUUAGAGUUAGGGCAAUUACUUCUCAGGUACCUGUUACUCGAUCCUGGUCAGGGGUAUUUUAGGCGAUGUCUCGGAUCCGACAGCAAGGACUCAGCCUUGGUCAUUGUCCUCGGACUCUUGACGCAUGAAGAAUUCAUUGUUCGAAUCCGUAUGGGCCACGAUGUGCCAAAGAUCUUUGGCAUUUUCGACCCAGAGGACCAUUCAAACAUUUUUAAUGACAUUCACGAUACCCUAGCCAAGAAUUGCUUUGGAUAUCUGCAUCUCUUGAGUAACAUUCUCACUCUCGGGGAGGUGUUCUUGGUGACUGAGCAAGAGCGCGCCAGCGUAUUGCUCUCCUUGCUCCAUAUGAGCAAAGAAGACGAUGCACAGCACAUGGUGGAGGCCAUUAUAGAAGUUGUAGCACAUCGGUUGAGCCUGAAGGACGGAACGCACCUUUUGUCGGAACUGUUGCCACAUGUGCUGUGGGCCUGGGAUGACGACAUCGGCAAAUUCCCCUUUGGACUGUUGACGAUUCAUUCGGCGAGCGAUUUCUUCAUUGCGUAUGCGGAACAUAUUGUGCCCAAGUUGCUGCUCUCCAGUGAUUUCGAUUCUGUAAGAACGCUUAUUAAAGAAAGUGGGGGUGACGCACUUCGAAUCUUGAAAAGGGCCUUGCCAUGGUCAAUGGCUUAUUUACUACCCCGACUGAUUGAUGGGGGCUUGCUCAAGGGAAGAAUCGGGCAAUCUGCGAAAGCGAGGACAGCAGAAGCCGCAAUUCGCUUUAUGAAAGACUUGAUGGGUGACGAAAUGUUUAACAUUGAACUGACGAAAAGAACUCCGCGAAUUAUUGCGAAUUUGUUAAAGUCUGUCUUCGACUCGAAAGCCAUGGCAACAUGUAUCGAUGAUUCAGAGUACUCCAUUCUAAGUGAAGCUCUCCAAAGAAUGUCUGUCCCAGCUACCGGCAGCGCUGCACAUCACUCAUGCCUAUGGAAACAUCAGUAUCUGCCCUCAUUCGACAGUCGUACCAUCAUUCAAUCACUUGAAUAUUUGCAAACUUUGUAUCAAGAGGAUCAACGCGCCACCACUGGAGAUUGUACAAGUGCGCUUCAUGAGUUCUUCAAGCCGGGUCGCCUACAGAGAGUCUUGCAGGACUUGCACGAGUCUUUAGAUCAGAUGGUUUUUGUCCAUGACAAGCACCGAUUGAUUUCGAAUGGGUAUCGUCUUGUAGUCGCGAUCUCUGCUCCGGCAUUGAUGCACCCGUUUCUUUUUGAAACAGUGCUCCAGACGCUACUUCAAAAUAUGAAGUACCCAGAAAUGUCCUCAGUGUGUUGCGUUAUUUUGGAAUAUCUUUAUUCUUUUGCGGUAGCGAAUGAUCAAUCUGUUAUCGGUUCGACCCUAACUUCGAUCGCUCCAGCUUUGGCCGAGCAAAUAUCCACCUAUCUGGCUUCGAACACCCAGGAAGCAGCUCUCAGGGUGAAGACCCUACUUGACAGUAUUUUGGACCUUUGCUGGAAAGUUGAUCAAAGAAUCGUCACGCUCUCCAUACUCCAGCUUGAUUCCAAUCUGUCCUUGUUCGAGGGUCUGCGAGACAGACAUGGGGCGACGAAAUGUGAUGGAGAUCCCCAGUUGGUGUUAAGUUUAGUGGCGUUAGGGGAUGCAACGGCAUCGGCGCAGCUUGCCAGAGUUAGAUACCUCCGACGUGCGCUGGAGAGUACAGAUCUGGUUAACAGAUUACGCAUAUCCGAAGAUACGGUGAGUGUAGUUAUAGCGCAUUUGCAAGCAAUGCUGCAUAGCACGCAAUGCGAUGACGUUUUAACGGAAGAGAUCGUUAAAUGUCUGGGAAGGCUGUCGCCGGUGGUAACCCACCGCGCGGUUAAGUACGAUUAUUCCAUCUCGCGACAUCUUGGAAACACAGGACCUGUAACUCGCAAACUUGCUGUUGGCUCUCCCGGACACCGCGUGGCUCUCAGUUACCUCCAAAAACACUUAAUGGACUCCGACGUGAAGCAAGUCAGCAUUGUAGUUCGAACGCUCAGACAGCUGCUAUCGUGUGACGCUGGAAACUAUGCUUUUGAAAGUCUUGAGCUCGAUGUGUCCAAAUACAUUAAUAUAUUUCGGGGGAAGAUCGCACCGAAGACCAAAGUUUUGGCAACUCAACGCGCAUAUCCUCCGCUUGAGGAUUUAGACGUCAGCUUGCCGACAUCCGACACAUCCAUGCACCCGAACGCUCAUAUUCAGACCUUCGACGACUGGACGGUUACGUUGGCCAACAGCUUGAUAGCCUCAUAUCCAACGGAUGAGUUCUAUCCAAAUCUCGGACUAUGCUUUGAAUUUCGACCGGCCUUUGCGGACAUGAUGCUCCCUUACCUAAUUCAUAGCGCAUUGUUGUUUGAGGCGGAAACAAUCAAGGGAUCGACCAAAAGAAAGCUGCCCAUGUCGUUGAGAACGCUACUGUCCGAAAAGGUGAAGGCCAUCAUGGAACAGAAUCAAAAAUUAGAUUCACGCAUUCUUUCGUCACUGUUAAAUGUUAUUGAGUUCCUCAGAACCCAACCUCACCCGUGUAGCGCUACACCGUUUGAUAACAACGCUUGGCUGGACCUGGAUUUCCUCUGCGUAGCGCAAGCUGCCGCGAAAACUCGAUCCUUUGCAACCGCGCUUCUGUUUCUAGAAAUAUCACAGGAGAAGAACAAGAGAUUAUGGGCCCCAGCGCUGCCCAUUAACCAAACGAAUCAGUGUGACACACAGUCACUCGCUAGGCUCCUGCUUGAUGUCUAUCAAGCCAUUGGGGAUUCUGAUGGUUUCGAAGGCGUGAUGACGUCUAUCGGGUCGGAAACGAUGCUGGAUGAUCCAUCAUCGCUCGUUCAAAAGUAUGAACAUGAUCGGGCAUGGCAGAAGCUUUUUAGCUUUCGAGAGACUCAGCUUCAAGUUGGACAUAUUGUCAAUGCGAAGAAAGAUAAUCUCAGUAUUGAGAUUGGAUUGAUGAAAUCGUUAGGCAGUUUAGGCUUCCACCAUGUGCUAGACACAUACAUUCGAGGAUACAGUAAUCAGCAGCAGGGGACACCAAUGGACCAGCAAAUGCGCGAAUUACAUUAUGAAAGCCUGUGGCGAACUGCACGUUGGGAAAUGCCCACUGAUAGAGCUCGUUCCGGUCAUCCGCAAUCUCAAGAACACCUGUACAAUUGCAUGAAAGCAUUCAAUGAUCGAGACCUUAAUGGUUUAUCGUCUUUCCUUUCUUCCGCGCUCAGAAGAAUGGGAGAUGUUGUCCGCGGACACAGUUUACGUGGAACACUCAAUCCUUUUCCGGUGAUUCGCCCUUUGCUAAUGUUUACUGAGCUUGAUGAGCUGGCUAGUGUGGCGAAGGCGGUGAACAUAGAAGCCUUACAAUCGCUUAUGCAGCGGUGGAAAUUGCGCAUAGUUAUCCUCUCAGACCGGCAAAGCUUUCCAGAAUUGGAACCUGUCCUCGCCAGCCGCACUUCCACUCUUUCUGUCCUCGUUUCUCAGUAUUGCACUCACAAACGAAGCGAUGACGUGUUUUCGAUCGGUGCUACUAGGGCUCUUUGUGAACAUUUCUUAGGGUAUGCGGAGCUUGCACGAAAGGCAGGAAACCUACAGAUUGCAAACGCUGCCCACGCAAGGCUCAGCGCCGUCGUAGCUAAUGCGAUUGGUAACCAGCUGCUCUUACCAACGGACAAAUUACAGGCACUGAUGAAGCUAGAGGGUCUUAAGAGUUUAUGGGCUCAAGAUGAUCGUACGGUUGCCACUCGAUCGUUGAAGCACUUUCUACAAUUGCACGCGAACGACCAAGCCCGAACGACAGGUGUUAGCUUGAGUAGAGACAUUGAGGCGGAACUCUUGUAUCAAUUAGGACAAUGGGUCGCCGAAACACGAUUUGAGCCGCCAACAACCAUAUUAAAGGAUUAUUUUGAACCGGCAGUGCAAGCCAGUGCUCUAACAAACUACGGCAAACUGCGGGCCAAGGCACACUACCAUCUCGCAAAAUUCGCAGACGGGCAGUAUCAAGAGUUACUUGUGAACGACCCACGAGAGCAGAUACGAGAGCAUGUUCGCUACAAGCAGAGUGAAGCUAAUGCAUGUGAGGAUUUGUCCAAGCAAUAUGCUGGACGGGAUGCUAAUGCGGCAAAACGAUAUGCGCACAUACGUGAGAAGAUGCUUUCACAGAUCAAGCUUGACAUGGCUGAAGAAGGCCGCUACAUGGACGACAGAAAUACCUUCUUGGAGAAGAGCGUGGAGAACUAUUUGCAAAGUUUAGAGUACGGCCACACCCACUCGGAAAUGUGCGUCUUUAGGCUAUGCACAUUGUGGUUUGCUAAUGUUGAGCGGAAUCAAAUCAACGCCCAGAUGCUGGGGUACAUUGAGCGGAUCCAGUCCUGGAAAUUUUUGGUGCUCAUGUAUCAGCUAUCAGCCCGGCUUACAUCUAGGCCGCCCGCGCAAGAGGCGCAGUUCCAGUCGGUGCUCCAACGAUUGAUAUACAAAAUGACCAAGGACCAUCCUCACCACACGUUAUAUCAAAUCAUUGCCCUGAAGAACGGGAAUCAGUAUGGUUCUCCUUCGUCAUCGAGACAGCGUACACCUGAAUCAACACCGACUGUUACAGCGGCCAAAGGGCUUUUACAGAAACUAAGCGCUCCGGAAGCACUGGGUGACCUGGUGACUCGGGUUGACCGGUUAUGCGAUGCGUACAUUGAGUUGGCGUGGCGAGUUAUUUCAACAGCAAUGUUGAAGGAAUCACGCGUCCUUCCGUUAGACAAGAGAUCAAAGAUUGCAGGCAUUGCAAAAUACGGUCUUGAUGUUCCCAUUGCUACGGUUGAGCAUCCCGUCAACCGGAGUUGCCGCUAUGAUGAUUUGCCGCGGAUUCAGGGUUUCAAAGGGAAUUUUGCAGUUCCCGGUGGAAUCAAUAUGCCAAAGCGAGUUGAUUGUGUUGGGACUGAUGGGAACAUCUAUACGCAAUUGGUCAAGGGAAAUGAUGAUCUCCGACAGGAUGCGGUGCUAUCAAAGAUCUUCACUAUCAUGAAUGUUCUUUUGAAUAAGAAUUUGGAAACCAGAAAAAGAAAUCUGACGAUAAGAACAUACAAAGUGGUUCCGUUAGCCCCGCGCGCUGGGCUUGUUGAAUGGGUCCAUAAUACACUACCCAUUGGAGAGUACCUAAGCAAGGCUCAUGUGAGCUACAAUCCAAAAGACUGGCGGCCGUCAGAAUGUCGUGCGCGCAUGAACGAGGAACACAAAAAGGGUAACCUUCAGACGAAGAUUACCCUGUAUCGACAAAUCGAAGGCAAUUUCCAUCCUGUCUUCAGACAUUUCUUUUUUGAAACGUUUCCUGACCCAUUGGAUUGGUUUGAACGGCGUCUGACAUAUACUCGAAGUGUUGCCGCGAGUUCAAUGGCCGGCUAUGUGGUAGGACUGGGGGAUCGACACGCUCAGAAUAUUCUGAUCGACAAAGGGACAGCUGAAGUCGUGCACAUCGAUUUGGGCAUUGCCUUUGAUCAGGGCCGAAUCCUUGCGGUUCCGGAACUCGUUCCCUUUAGGCUGACCCGGGAUAUUGUGGAUGGGAUGGGGAUCACAGGUGUGGAAGGCGCAUUCAGACGCUGUUGCGAGGAAACCAUGAAGGUUCUUCGUAAUGAUUCCGAAAUUCUGUUAACUAUUCUGGAUGUGUUCCGCUAUGACCCCCUGUAUAACUGGAAAGUGACACCAUUGGAACAGCGUAGGCGACAAGGCGCGCCCGAGGAGCAAGUAGCCAUAGACAUUCCUGGGAGAGAUGGGACGGUCAUAGGGGAUGACCGGGGUCAGAACAAGGAGGCGGAGCGAGCAUUGUUCGUCGUGCGAAAAAAGCUUUCAUCGGGCGUAAGUGUCGAGUGCCAGAUAAAUGAGCUCAUCCAAACGGCAGUCGACCCAGGGAACCUCAGCAGAAUGUAUCAUGGAUGGCAGCCAUGGAUGUGAAGCGAUUGGCAGUGGAAGAAGGUUUAUGCAAACUGACGUGUCUCAUGUCUUAGGAACAUGAAGGGUAGUAUCUCAGGCUAGCACCUGCGUGGUCCAUGUAUAUAUAAAACCAACGAGAAAAUCUGAAUCUGUAGAUGCAGGUAGCGCAUUAGGCAGAACAUUUACUUCCAUGUGAAUAGCUCGUGAUCUAAAUAUUUAAGCCUGCCGCCCGCCAUGGUGUUUCGCCUUGGCCGCCAAC